UCUCUUAUCUUUAUGAAGAUACUAAUAACAGUUUUUAAAAACUUUCUCCCUGAAUAGUAUCUGAGUAUCUGUCAUCUCCAAAUUGUGGGAGGUUUUUGUUUUUGUUUUUUGAUUUUCUCAUUUUUCAUGAUAGAGGUUUUUCUUGACCGUGUGGUAUUCUUUACCUGUCUGCUGAUGUUUAUGAGUGGACCCUGAACAGCAGAUGGGAAUUUCUGAGUGUUUGCACAGGGCUUGUUGCCAGUGAGCUCACUGGAGUAAGAGGGCAGGGCCAUUUAUUUGGGGACAUCUGUGAUGUCAUUCAGUUUAAGUUUUUCUUCUUGGGCGGGUCCUGUUUCCCAGGGAAGAGGGUUCCAUGUCCUGCCUGGGGAAGGUGAAGGCCCGGAUGCCAGCUGGCAUUUGAGAAGGUGACAGGGGAAGAGGCUGGGGUCCUAGCAUCCAGUUUGCAUGUAUUUCCUUAACACUCAUUUUUUCAGCACGGCAUCCCUGCCUUUGCUGGUGCUUUGUGUUUUCCAGUCCAAAGACCCCUAAGAAAGAAUAGACAUAUCUUUUAUUAGGGUGGUAAUAGCAGCGACCUUGGCAUUGCAGGUCCAGGAGCUUGGCUGGUCAGCUCCUGGGAACUGCCUCCCAGGAAACAAACACAGGCACCUGGUGUAUCCACCAGAUGCCAGCUGAUAUAGUUUGGCUGUAUCCCCACCCAAAUCACAUCUUGAAUUGUAGUUCCCAUAAUCCCUACGUGUCGUGGGAGGAACCUGGUGGGAGGUAGUUGAAUCGUGGAGACAAUUACCCCAUGCUGCUGUUCUCAUGAUAGUGAGUGAUUUCUCAGGAGAUCUGAUGGUUUUAUAAGGGGCUUUCCCCACUUUGCUCAGCUCAGCUCUCAUUCUUCUCUUCCUGCCACCAUGUGAAGAAGGACUUGUUUGCUUCCCUUUCCACCAUGAUUGUAAGUUUCCUGAGGUCUCCCAGUCAUGCUGAACCAUACACCCAUUCACACGCAGAAGCAGUGGUUCAGAGAAACCUUUAAUCACCUCUUUGCAAUUGCCAAUUCUGCAGAAGCUGGAGAUGCUGGUGUUCAUUUGGUAUCAGGGAUAAAGGGAAGUGGAGGCUGGACACUCACUCGGCGAAUAGAAGACCUGUGGGAACUUCAUCCGUCCUUUGACAUCGUGGUCAACUGUUCAGGCCUUGGAAGCAGACAGCUUGCAGGAGACUCAAAGAUUUUCCCUGUAAGGGGCCAAGUCCUCCAAGUUCAGGCUCCCUGGGUGGAGCAUUUUAUCCGAGAUGGCAGUGGGCUGACAUAUAUUUAUCCUGGUACAUCCCAUGUAACCCUAGGUGGAACUAGGCAAAAAGGGGACUGGAAUCUGUCCCCGGAUGCAGAAAAUAGCAGAGAGAUUCUUUCCCGAUGCUGUGCUCUGGAGCCCUCCCUCCACAGAGCCUGCAACAUCAGGGAGAAGGUGGGCUUGAGGCCCUACAGGCCAGGCGUGCGACUGCAGACAGAGCUCCUUGCGCGAGAUGGACAGAGGCUGCCUGUAGUCCACCACUACGGCCAUGGGAGUGGGGGCAUCUCAGUGCACUGGGGCACUGCUCUGGAGGCCGCCAGGCUGGUGAGCGAGUAUGUCCAUGCCCUCAGGACCCCCAUUCCCAAGUCAAACCUGUAGAUGACAUAAAAUGACAGCAAAUAGACUGAGAGACUGUUGAUCAAAGCACAGAACAGGUUCAAAUAACUUUUCCACUGCAUGAAAGUUUAAUUAGACAUUUCUUUGUUUUCAACAUUAGAAGUGGUGUAACAUGUAAGCUGAGCACAGUGGCAUGCCUAUAGUCCCAGCUACUUGAGAGGCUGAGGCAGGAGGAUCGCUUGAGCCCAGAAGUUUGAGUGCAAUCUGGGUAACAUUUUUUAGAGGCACCAGUUCCCACCUCUAAAAAAACCACCAACAACAAAAGAAAUGAUGCAACAUGUAGGCUUACUUAGGAAGUCUAGCAUUAAUGGCAUAGGGCAUAAAGCUCUAUUUUUUGUUAAAAAUACUUCUUAUAGAGUAAAAUUUCUUUAGAACUGAUGUCCAAGGACCUAUGCAGAUUUAUAUGAAUGUUGGAAGCUAUAGAGAUUUUGAUAUCAUUUGGCUUAUAAAUCCACAGGAGGAGAUAAUGUAUGGAAAACAUUUAAAUCACUGUCAAUUGCAGAGCUGCCUGCGAUCUUCUUAGGUUAUAGCCAAGUCAGCAACAUAAUUCCUCUAAAUAAAAUUACAUUGUGCUCACACAAUGCUGGAUUAUUAUGUUUAAUUGAAGACAAAGCAUGCUUGCUCCUAGUACUAGCAGCAACCUUUUCCUCCCCUCAGCUGGUAAUGAUGGUAGGAGACAGAGAUGAAGCUGCCUAUGUAUGUCAUAUCAAUUCAAUAGCUGCCUGGGGUCAAACACCUAGGGGUUGUACAUUCCAUUACUGUAAAUGAUUGAGAGCUGGUUUGUGGUAUGGUUGGCUUUGCCUAAGCAUUUUUGAAGAUGAACAGCAUGUGCAGCCAAAGAACUAAUUUGCUAAUUAAGGUGGAACAAUCAUUCUGAAUGAAAUAUAAUCAGAGUACUCCACAGUUUGUUAAGAAGUACUGGGGAGGAGGGGAAUGUGUCUCACAAUAAAAUGAGUUGGAAUUGUUGAGUUAAA